AUGCCGCCCAAGAAGUCGGGCGCGGCCAAGAAGGGCAAGAGCUCCAAGGGCUCGUCGGACGCUGACAGGAACCCGCUGCUGGACUUCGACAACAGGUUCUGCGAGGACUGCGGCCAGUGGACACACGGCGAGGAUCGAGAUGGCCCCAAAGGCCAGGUGACAUGGCUGAAGUGGCACAAGAGGAACCACACCUCCAAAGGCGAAGUUUUGACGGGCGGCCAGUGCUACGGGUGUUAUGGGGCUCAGAGGAAGAUCCUCGGAACCAGAGUUACCCUCGCAGAUGCCCGUGCGACUCGAAAGAAUGAUCCUGCCAUCGAUGAGAAGAUCGCGAACUGCCGCAAGGGUUUGGUAGAUGGCACUGGCAAGCACGCCAGGACCGACGGGCUGACCAUCAACACGCAGAAGUCGGAUAUGAAGUUCAACCAGGACUUCGACUCUGGCAUCUUCCAGCCGAUCCAGUACGUCGGCAGGACUCGUUCCCCUUAUCAAAUGAUCUGGAACCUCAAGUGGGAGUCACAGGAAGACCUCAUCCAGCAGAUCGAGGCGCGCGGGAAAGAGGUCGUGGAUGACGAUUGUGGCGUUCUUGGCAUCGAGGUAUCCGACGUGUCUGGGGUGGAGUUCGGGGCAUACAGGUUCAAGCGUGGCAGGGAGAGAGCGAGCACGAAAGUCAAGACCGAGGGCCACGAUGAUGGGCAGUCGGCUAGGGAGAGGCAGGAUAUCGUCGUGUCGAAGGAGGGGCUCGGCCGCCGACGGGUCAGCUCUACUCAAAGCCAAGGCUCUGAGCUUGCUGGCGACCAUCGGCCCGCAACUGACCGCCUUGUCAGCGCCCCCCAAGGUGCCAGCCUCGUCGACCCAGGUCGCGAGGCCGAUGAGACCCUCGCCGACGACAGGUCUGUCAGAUCACAGGCCACCUCGGCGAGGUCGGCGGUCACUAGCGUUCCACCUGCGACGCCAGCUCCCUCCCUGAGGAAGAAGGUGCCUCUCGAAGCGGUGGAGAACGCAUCAUCUCAAAUGAAGAAGACACGGGGGACGGGGGCCUUGGCUGCGAUCGACAGGGCCGAGGCGACCUUGGAGGACGCGGAGAAGAAGUACCAUUGGGGGGGGCACUGGGAGCUCAGGAACCGCGAGAAGGAGUUCCAGGCGUUUAUCGCGCGCCUGCAGCGUGCUGGCAAGGCUACAGGGGGCAUGGCAGGCAGCCAAGCUGCGUUGGACAUCGGCGCCAGGAUCUUCGCCAUGGCGGACGUAUUGGAAGCCGGACAGGGUUUGCUCGACAAGAUCGGCGGCAAGCCUCGCGAGUUUUACGCUUUCGCCUCGGCGCCACUCUCACAGGAACACUCGGAGAUGAUCAAGGGUGCGCCGAUGGAGCUCGUGUCCACCAUCCUCGCCCUGAACCUCAACGCUCUCAUCGACAAAGUCCCGGCCAAUCCCGAGUACGUCGGCACACUCCUGUCGGCGCUCACCGUCGAGAGUUCGAAUACGCUGUCAUUGUCCACCUUAUUGGAGUGCGGCGAUGCUGAUAGGGCGAAGGCUCAGGCUGCCAAGCUCCAAACGUCACUCGUAUUGGCCCUGGGGAACGUCGUUUUCAAGAUUACCGACGAGUCCGCGAUCGGCCUUAUCAGCCAGAAGAUCGUGACUAUUCCCGAAGCGGCCAUGGACCUGGGUGCCGUGUCGAUCGCCGCCCAAGUUCUCGACCACAUGAGGGCUGCGGACGCUCACGGACCCGUGUUCCCAGCCCAGCUUCGCCACUCGAUCGUGAAGUUGGUGUCCAGCGUGGCGAAAGUCUCGGCCAGGAUGAAGGUUCAUUUCAAGUCCCUGGGGCACCAGGAGGACACAUCCCAGAACGAGUUCGUGAAGAGAGCCAGGGAGCUUGCGCGUCAGGUGCGAGUGGGCGAGCCCGAGAAAGCGUACGAGGCACUGAUCGCGGUAUGCGAACUGCCCAGCGAGGCAUGCAACUUCGGCGACUUCUUCAGCCAAAGAGGCGUCGCUGAAGAUUCUGAUUCACCAGCAAAGGGAGAGAUGCUCGAGGUCUGCAACACGUUCUGCGAUGGAACGCUGCAGCUGUUCAACGUGGCGGUCGACCUUACCAUGUCGUUCAACGAUUUGUUCACUGGCAUCUAUGAGGGAUCUGGGUAUACGCCGCCUCUGACGGACAGGCAAGUGAACCCCGAUGAAGAAGAGCCUGACCAGUACGAGAUGUUGAGGGUGUUCCACACCGCUUUCAAGAUCAUGCAGCACUUUGACUUGAACGAGGGGGACGCGAACGUGGUGCACCACCUCAUGCACCGCUUCGAGGUCGCCGCCAAGCUCUACGACGCGAGGGGGAGCGAGGGCAAGACCGACUGCAAGGAGGUGGUUGAGGUUUGGACGAUGGCCUUGCAAGCUGAAAACAGGAUGAAAUUGGCUUUGAGAUCGAGACCGUUGCCAACCACCUGCCCAACUGCACCAUCUGCACUGCUGAUCCUGCACAACAUUGGGUCUCUGUACAUGGACGAUCGCUUUCGGAGCGUGCUGCUACACAGGGUGUUGGCGAUCCCGCCUGAUAAGCAGAAGACGCUGAUCGGCAUACUGGACACGAAGACCAACGUGCUCCCCAAGAGUUCUCUCGAGGUCUUGACGUUUGCCAAGACGCUGGUGCGAGUGGCAGACGCAGACGAGCGUCAACGAGCUGGUCGCUCAAGCGGCCUCGUCGAGCUCAACUCGCUGCUCUCCGACAUCGCGACGGCGAAGGCUGACUUCAAAGAGGCAUGUGACGACAGCGCACUCGUGGAGCGUGUCUUGAAGCACGCGGAGGCGGAGUGGGACACCUUGUUCAAGCAAACGAAGGCUGCCAUGGACUUCAUCUCGUCGCUCAAGCUGGACUUCGUGGAGAAGUACGGGGCGCUGUACGAUGCGAUCGAGAAGUGGGAUUUCCAGGAGGUCGACUGGUUGACAAAGCCUUCCGACACCAAGGAUCGGAACAUGGGGAGUCAGAUCGCGACUGCAGUGGCCCAGUUCCCGGCGACGUCCAAGGUCGUCGAAAACGUGUGCGGCAACAUCAAGUGGCAGGAGAGCGCCAGGAGCCAGGCCAUGAUCCAGCUUCAGGCCGCCUUGCCGACGGCGAAGGAGACGCUGGGGCAGGCCGCGAAGCUAGCGGCGUGCAUUGCUCUGGCUCACUUGCUCGUGGUCGGCGGCAGCAAGGCCGCCGUGUCGGACUACGACCAGACCGUCAAGUGGACGCAGUCGUGCUUAGGAGUUUCGCACGGCGAGCUCCCCUCGAAGCUCCGCGAGAAGCUUGAGGAGCUCAAGAGGUCGCUGCUCGGGGACCCCAUCAACAAAGCUACGGAGUCGAAGUUCAAGGAUUGCGACGCCAUCUCCGUGGCGACCUCGUCGGCAGCGACCGCGGCGACGAGCCGCCAGAACAGGAAGAGGUGGGCCAAGACGGCAUUCAACCAGGCGGUCGUCGCCGACUGA